AUGGCAAAAAUACUUGCUUUGUUAUGUGUGUAUUUGCUAAAUUUGAAAUUCAUUAAAUUUAAUUAUUCUUCACGAAAGGAUUUACCUGUCACACUUGAUAUAAGAAAGAAAUUUUUUUUUUUUAUUUCAUCAAGGCUAUUAUUAAAAAAGAGAAAAUAUACUACACAAAAUGCAUACAACAAAUUAAAUAACAUAAAUUUAAAAAAUAAUUUCCACAAACAGUUAAGUAAAAUAUAUGUAUCAUAUAUUAAUAAUAAUAUUAAUAGUGAGAGAGAAAAAAAAAAAAAUAAAAAAAAAAUUAUUAUAGGUAACUGGAAAUGUUAUCUGUUAAAAGAACAAGCUUAUAGAUUAAUUGAUAUUUUAACAAAAAUUAAAUAUUCCAAUAGAAUAGAUUUAAUUUUAUCUCUUAAUUUAUUAUUUAUUCCUUACCUACUUGAAAAGAUUAAGGAAAACAAUUCAAAAAUAUAUACAUGUUCACAAGACGUAAGUUUAGUAAACGGUUUAGGUGCUUAUACAGGUGAAACAACAGCUACAUUAAUACAUGAAUUUGGAAGUAGGUACACUAUAAUAGGACACAGUGAAAGAAAGAGAGGAUUUGGAAACAACGGAGAGACCCUUGAGCAAACAGUAUUAAAAGUAUACAAUGCGAUUAAUUCAAAAUUGAAAGUGAUUUUGUGUGUUGGUGAAGAUUACAUAAAUGAAAAGUUUGGCUUCCACUCCGUGCAAAUAAAGAAGCUUUUGUCCUUUAUCAAAAAGAAAAUUUCAAAGGACGAAAUGAAAAAUAUAAUCAUCGCCUUGGAGCCCAGCUGCGCUGUAGGAACGGGUAAUCCUGUAUCAUCUGACGUAAUAAAUAAUUGUUAUUGGGAUAUAAAGAAAAACAUUGCUGAAGAGGUAAACGCACAAAUAAGCGAGGAAAUGCAGAUAGUUUACGGUGGAUCCAUAACAAAAUACAAUAUGAAGAAUUUCCUUGACAACACCUUUGUGGAUGGGUUUUUGAUAGGGAGGAGCUCACUGGACGAGUCUUUCAUCGACAUUAUAAAAUAUGUUGAUGAGUCUUACCUCCGAAACACAUAA